UUGAAUCAUUUCUACCAAUAAGGCAGCAGUUAGCGGCGUAGAAAAUUAUAUAGGGACCUUUGGUUUCGUCAUCUAAUUUCAUCAUUACAUUUCCGUUAGCCGGCUUGAUUGUUUCUUAGUCUUCCUUCGACGCCCAGUUUUCAAAAGAAAUUCAAGAUGCCUACCUACAAAUUGACUUACUUCCCAGUUAGAGCAUUGGGAGAGCCAAUCCGUUUUCUUUUGAGCUAUGCUGAAAUUCCAUUUGAGGAUGACCGCUUUGAUAGAGAAGAUUGGCCAAAGAUAAAGCCCACUACUCCUUAUGGCCAAGUCCCUGUUCUUGAGGUUGAUGGAAAGAAAGUUGCUCAAUCUUCAGCUAUUUCUCGCUACUUGGCCAAACAAUGUGGCUUAGCUGGAAAAGAUGACUGGGAAGCCCUUUUAAUUGAUGCUACUGUGGAUACCAUCCAUGAUGUCCGUGCAAAACUUGCUGCCUUCCAUUACGAAGAAGACGAGACUUACAAAGCUACGAAACGCAAGGUUGCUGACGAGGUGGUACCGUUCUAUCUGGAACGUUUGGAUGCCCAAGUGAAGGAUAAUGGCGGCUACUUUGUUGGUGGUGCUCUCUCCUGGGCUGAUUUAACAUUCGUUGCUAUACUCGAUUACUUGAACUUCAUGAACGGUUCCGAUCUGAUCGAGAAAUACGAAAAUCUGAAGCAGCUGAAAGAAAAGGUCCUCAAUGUGCCUGCUAUUAAGACCUGGGUCGCGAAGCGCCCAGAGGAUGAAUUGCAGCAAAACUUCAAAAUGCCCACCUACAAAUUGACUUACUUCAACAUCACUGGCCUUGCCGAGCCAAUCAGAUACAUCCUGCACCAGAGUGGAAUUAAAUUCGAGGACAGGAGGCUCACUUUCGAGGAAUGGCCCCAAUAUAAAAAUGACAUGCCACUCGGCCAGGUUCCUGUCUUGGAAAUCGAUGGCAAGCCCCAUCCUCAAUCGAGAGCCGUCUGCCGUUUGCUCGCCAGACAAAACAAUCUCGCUGGUUCCAGCAACGAAGAAUCUUACACGAUCGACGCCGUCGUCGACACCAUCGACGACCUGAGACAGGCGAUCUCUCAGUAUCACUGGGAAAAAGAACCAGCAGCGAAGGAGAAGCUAAAGGCCAACGUUGAUACCAAGCUUCCCUUCAUCCUCCAAAAGUUGAACGCUCGAGUGCAAAAGGAGGGCGGGUACUUCGUCAACGGAAAGCUGUCGUGGGCAGACCUCUUCUACACCGCAGUAUCAGAGAUGUUUUCCGGUCUGUUGGAGACCGACGUGAACAAGGACUAUCCUGAGCUCAAAAAAUUGGUAGAGAAAGUCAGAUCGCUGCCUAAUAUCAAGGCUUACCUCGAGAGCAGGCCUAAAACCGCGUUCUAAAUAUCCAGACAUUCGACACGUAUUAUCAUCAAGGAUUCGUUGAUCAGCUUAUUUUUAUUAUCGCGUUACGUUUCAUUGUCGCGUGGGUGAAUGGUUCUCGCAGAUUCUUGUGUAACGUAACAAUAAAAAUAAAUAUAUUUGUACCUUAUUUUUCUCUUUCUUAUUCCGGAACGUGCAUUUACGUGAAUGAAGUCAAGUUAAGAGAACGUACGAAGCACAGAUAAUACAUUUACACGUAAACGA